CAGUAUUAAACCUUCCAAUCGAAAAUCUCUAAAGAAUUUAACCAUGCCAAGUAUGUACAUCAAAGUUAAAGAUAUUGCCCCUAUCCAUACUGAGAGGGCAAUCCGUGUUAGGUGUGUAAGAGUGUAUGAAAUACUAGAAAGUAGAUGCUCUAAACAAAUCAAGAGUCGAGAAUGCUUGGUAUGCGACGAAGAGGGAACUUUCAUCCAUGUGAAUAUGCAAAACAAGGAUGUAGAGAAGUACAACAAUUUGUUCAAGGAAGGGAAGAUUUACUAUAUGUAUAAAACCUGUGAUCACAAGUAUAUGAUAAGACUGAACAACAAGACUCAGGUGAAGGCAAUAAAAUGCAAAGGUUUUCCUACAAACAUGUUUCAGCUAAAACCCUAUCAAUGUCUCAAAGAUCCUACUUUAGUGAAUGAGAAGCUGAUGUUUGGUAAGACAUGUGUUCAUUGUAUAAUAUUUUUCAUUAUAUUAUACUGUAACAUCUCAAUGUCAUUUCUAUUUUUACAGAUGUAAUAGGCCGACUUAUAGAAAUUCAUGACUUAUAGAAAUUCAUGCUCCUGUGGACAAGAUCAUAGGUGGAAAACCAGCAAAGCUAAUUGAUUUUAAAAUUGCUGACACUGAGUAAGUUGGCUUUACAUACAGUAUUUUUUUCAUUCAAAUGUAUUUCUGAUUUCUUAACACAUUUGAAUAUAGGGGAAAUACAUUAAAAUGUACUGUUUGGGACAAUCAUGUAGCUGCCAUGAUUCCAUACUAUAAUGCAGAUCUUAAAGAACCACUAAUUGUGGUUAUUCAGCUAUGUAGGGCUAAAGUUAUCAAUGGUGAAGUCAGGAUCACAAGCUCAUAUGAUGCUACCAAACUGUAUUUGAAUGCCUCUUAUCAGGAAGUUGAUGAUUUCAGGUCAAAGAUUAGUGUUGUUCAUAGUCCUAUGAAAAGUUUGAGUACUGCCACAGUUCUUUCCCAGUCCAUAGGUAUUUCAGAAUUCACCAGUGGUGCUGUUUCUGUGACUUCAGUAGGUGAUCUAUUGAAAAUUAAAGAGGUGAGAUUCCUAAACACUGAUUUUUUUCCGGUUGAAUACAUUAGCCAGAUUCUUUUAGUUAUUUACAAACUGGCUUAAUCUGGAACUGCAGGAUGGAGAGUUUUAUAUUCCAGCAGAGAUUGUAGGAAUUGAAAGUUCUUUUGGGUGGAUGUACAUCUCUUGCAUGUCACCAUCAUGCAACAGAAAGCUCCGGAAAGCAGGAGAGGAUUUGGUUUGUUCCACAUGUGAUAAAAAAUUCAAAGAAGGCAUUGCUAGGUAUAAGCUGAUUGUUAGGGUGAUGGAUAUAGGUUUAUCAGAUGCUCCCUUCCUUUUAUGGGAUGGGGAAUGUUCAGGCUUAGUUGGUAUACCUGCCAACCUUCUGUACAAGAAGUAUAACCAGGUUUCUGACAUUCCAACGGAAUUGGAUUCAUUAAUUGGAAUGCCAAUGAUAUUUAAGAUAUCACUGAAAAUGAGCCAAAUGAAAGGAGCCAAUCCAGCAUAUGCUGUGACUAGGAUUUUAAGGGAUGAGAUAUUAAUAUCUACCUACUGUUCCAAAAUUAAGGACAACCAAGAAAAAUAUUUAAUCUCGAUAAUGAUUGAUGAGGAUGAAGAGGAAGAAGAUGAAUCUAAUCAGGAAGCUUCAAAUGCGGAAAAUGAAGUUAACAGCCCUAACAGUGUCCAGCAGCCCCAAAUGGUAGAGAGUGAAACUGAAGAAGCUUUUGGUGUGAAGAGAUCCCUGUUGGACCAGUUUUCUUCUUCCAACAAGCUUAAGAAGGCCAAGGCUGUGACUGCUCAGGGAAAUGGUUCCUAAGUUCCUAAUAU